UUCAUUUUUUACAUUUUGAUUUUGUUCUUCUUUCCCAAAUUCUCUCUCAGAAUCUCAAUUAAUGGCAGUGAUUAAGAAAACCCUUUUCAUGAUCUUCAUAUUAUUAGCACAAACCCUAGCGGCAACUCAUGCUGAAGAAGCACCACCAUCAGAGUGCGGAUCAGAAACCGGGAAAUGUAUUAACAAAUCCAAGGCAUUUCCUCUCAAAAUCAUAGCCUUCUUUGCAAUAUUAAUCACUAGUAUUGUUGGUGUUAAUUUGCCCUUGAUUACUAAAAAUGUUAAAGCGUUGCAACCCGAUCGAGAUAUAUUUACGAUUGUCAAAGCAUUUGCUUCUGGGAUUAUUUUAGCAACUGGGUUUAUGCACGUUUUGCCAGAUUCGUUCAAUGAUUUAUCUUCUGUUUGCUUGCCUGAUAAGCCAUGGCAUACGUUUCCGUUCACUGGUUUUGUGGCGAUGUUGUCUGCAAUUUUUACUUUGAUGAUCGAUUCGAUAUUUACAAGUUACAGUCAGAAUAAAAAUGCAGUUGAAAAUGAAAAGGGUAAUACUAAUGGAGAUGUGGAAAUUGCAAAUGGUAAUGGAAAUGCCCAUUCACAUGGUCAUGGACAUUCUUUUGUUAUGGCAGGUGAUGUGGCCAGUGCUCAAUUGACGCGUUAUCGUGUUAUCGCUGUGGUACUUGAGUGCGGAAUUGUAGUCCACUCGGUGGUGAUAGGGAUUUCUUUGGGAGCUUCAAGCAAUGUCUGUAGCAUAAAACCUCUUGUUGCUGCAUUGUGUUUCCACCAAAUGUUUGAAGGCAUGGGUCUUGGUGGUUGCAUUCUCCAGGCUGAAUACACAUUGUUGAAGAAAUCUCUAAUGGCCUUUUUCUUUGCGACAACAACACCAUUAGGGAUUCUUGUUGGGCUCUUGAUAUCGAAAUCUUACAAAGAAAGUAGUCCUCAUGCUUUGAUCACUGAAGGACUUUUAAACGGUGCAUCAGCGGGGCUCUUGAUUUAUAUGGCAUUGGUAGACCUACUAGCAGCAGAUUUUAUGGGUCGAAAAUUGCAAGGGAGUAUAAAGCUUCAACUGAAGUCAUAUGUUGCUGUUCUUCUUGGUGCUGGUGGGAUGUCAGUCAUGGCGCUGUGGGCUUAAAAGUUCAUCCUCAAAGAUACGAGAUGAAGCUUAAAGUCGAAUCAUAUGUUGCUGUUCUUCUUGGUGCUGGUGGGAUGUCAGUUAUGGUGCUGUGAGCUUAAAGUUCAUCCUCGAAGAUACGAAAUGAGUUAGCGAUUUGAUAUACUUGUAAAGAGAUCAGUAGUACCUUUAGUGAUUCUUUUGCUGAACCUCCUUUCUGAUAAUGGUAGUAGAAAUCUAAGUUCUUUGAUUUGCAAACUUUAUAGAACUUAAAUUUAAUAAACAGAUU